AUGGUAAUACUCACCGCAUUUCUCAUCCUUUUUCUAAUCUUAGGGUUCGUAUCAAUCUUUUUAUUUUCAACAAAAACCCUAAAACUCAAAACCGAGUCCUCCACGAACCCGACGUCGUAUCCACUCAUCGGCUCUAUCCUCUCCUUCAACAAAAACCGCCACCGUCUUCUCCAAUGGUACACCGACCUUCUCCGUCUCUCACCUUCUCAAACCAUCACCUUCGAUCUCUUCCUCCGUCGCCGGACUAUCAUCACGGCCAACCCCGAAAACGUCGAGCACAUUCUCAAAACAAACUUUUGCAACUUCCCUAAAGGCAAACCUUUCACCGACCUCCUCGGAGAUCUACUCGGCGGUGGGAUUUUUAAUUCCGACGGCGAGUUAUGGAGCUCGCAGCGUAAACUCGCGAGCCAUGAGUUUACAAUGCGUUCUCUCAGGGAGUUCACUUUCGAAAUCCUCCGCGAAGAAGUAGAAAACCGGCUUAUUCCGGUGCUUUCAUCCGCCGCGGACUACGACGGUGGAAGGACGGUGGAUUUUCAAGAGCUGUUAAAACGUUUCGCUUUCGAUGUUGUUUGCAAGGUUUCGUUGGGUUGGGAUCCAGACUGCUUGGAUUUGACCCGACCCGUUCCGGAUCUUGUCGAAGCUUUUGAUGUAGCUGCUGCGAUAAGCGCUCGCCGUGCGACGGAGCCAGUUUACGCCGUGUGGAAGCUGAAGCGUUUGUUCAACGUAGGAAGCGAGAGAAAGCUGAGAGAAGCGAUCGGGACCGUACACGCGUCCGUCUCUGAGAUCAUUCGUGCCAAGAAGAAGAGCCUCAAAAUCGGCGGUGACGUGUCGGACAAGCAGGACCUCUUGUCGAGGUUUCUCGCCGCCGGUCACGACGAGGAAGCCGUCAGAGAUUCUGUGAUCAGCUUCAUUAUGGCGGGAAGGGACACCACAUCGGCGGCGAUGACGUGGCUGUUUUGGUUGUUGAGUCAGAACAAUGACGUAGAGAAGAAGAUUCUUGAAGAGGUGAACAAUGAGAGUGCUUUAGGGUUAGGGUUUGAGCAUCUGAGAGGGAUGAGUUACACGAAAGCUUGUCUCUGUGAAGCAAUGAGGCUUUACCCACCAGUGGCUUGGGACUCAAAGCAUGCAGCGAACGACGACGUUUUGCCAGAUGGGACACUUGUCAGAAAAGGAGACAAAGUGACUUAUUUCCCUUACGGCAUGGGAAGGAUGGAGAAAGUGUGGGGUGAAGACUGGGAAGAGUUUAAACCGAACCGAUGGUUUGAGGAAGAACAGAAUUACGGUACAAAACCGGUUUUGAGAACCGUGAGCUCGUUCAAAUUCCCGGUUUUCCAAGCCGGACCAAGGGUUUGCAUAGGGAAAGAGAUGGCGUUUUUGCAGAUGAAAUACGUGGUGGGUUCGGUUUUGAGUCGGUUUGAGAUUGUACCGGUUUGCAAUAACCGGCCAGCGUUUAUUCCUCUUUUAACCGCUCACAUGGCUGGUGGGCUAAAGGUGAAGAUCAAGAGGAGAGAGCACUAG